AUGAUAGAACUGAGAAAACUUGUUUUUAGAUCAAUAACAGUCAUUUGUAUUGGAUAUAUAAUACGCUGUUUUCUGAAUAAAUCAACCGAUUCAUAUACUUAUCAUAUUAAUCCAUCCAUUGAGCUGAAUGACCAACUUAUUAUAAAUAAAAAUUAUGGAAAGUUAGAAAAGAUUGAUUUAAUGAAUUACAGUGGUCCUGAAAGUUUAAUUUAUCAUGAUGGUUCAUUGUAUGCCACAGUGAUUCAAGGGAAAAUAUUAAAAAUAAAUAAUUCUGGGAUUUAUGUUCAUGCAACACUUGGUUCACCAAACUGCGUUGGUGUACAUGAAUGUGGUAGACCAUUAGGUUUAAAAUUGUUCAACAAUUCGGAGAAUUUCUUGGUCACGGAUGCCUAUUUAGGUGUAUUCUCUGUCUCGGUAAAAGAUGGUAGUGUGAAGAAAUUGUUCCCCUUAGAUGAAGAUUUCAAAGUUACAUUUUUUGAUGAUUCGGUAAUGUUACCGAACGGUAGUCUUGUUAUUACUGAAGCUAGUACAAAAAUCCUUUACGACAUUUAUGGACAACAAUUUUAG